AUGGGAGGCUUUCGGCUGCUGCUCACUGGAAUGAUGGUCAUCACAGUUUGCUCUCAAUCGCUCUGUGCGUCAGGCAGUUGCAGUGAGGAGGUGGCUCGUCUGCGGCAACAGGAGAUGCUCCUGAAGGGCCGGCUUCAGAAACAAGAGCGCCUCCUUCACAGACUGUAUCUGAUGAGCCAACCGGGCAACGAGGACAAAGCCGGACCCGACCAGAGCCAGCACAACGAGUCCACAGACUGCUCCCAGCUCUUCAGUUCUGGCUUUAAAUCCAGCGGCUUCUACACAAUCAAACCCCACGGCAGCCCUCACCCAGUCAGAGUCUACUGUGAUAUGAGUGAUGGAGGUGGUUGGAUGGUCAUUCAGAGACGGGUCGAUGGGAGAGAGAGGUUCAACAGGUCCUGGGCGGAGUAUAAAGAUGGUUUUGGAGACAUGGGUGCUGAGUUUUGGCUCGGAAAUGACAACCUGCAUUACAUCACAACACAAGGGAAUUAUUCUCUGAGGAUUAACCUGGAAGACUUUGGUGGUUACCAGGGCUAUGCUGAGUACAAGAACUUCAAAGUGGCCAACGAAGAGGAUCACUACCGACUUACCUUUGGAACCUAUGUAGGUACAGUUGGGGACGCUCUGUCUGGAAAAUAUCAGGUUGGUGUGUCAGAGUGGGCCGGUCACCAGGGAGUCCGAUUCAGCACCUACGACCAGGACAACGACAACUACAAAGGAAACUGCGCACAGGAAGACAAAGGAGGCUGGUGGUUCAACAAGUGUCACUCAGCCCAUCUUAAUGGCAUGUACUACCCCAAUGGGUUCUACAAUGCGCUGACAGAUGAUGGUGUAGUUUGGUUCACUUGGAGAGGAUGGUGGUACUCCCUGAAGACAAGUGUCAUGAAGCUGCGACCGACCGACUUCAAAAUUGAUCCCAUUGAUGACCCCAACGCUGUUCAUGGCCAGCCAGCUUCGUAGAUCAGACAUGAGAGGAUAUCUUGUCUUCCUGGCUCUACUUUUUUGCUCUGAAACAGCAUGGCAAACUGGGCAAAUUUCGACAAAGCAUCCCUCGCAGUACGUUUGACCUAGAUGUAUCAAAUUUUGUAGGCACAUGUAUCAGUUAUAGACCUGAAGAAAAAAGUAAUCUUGGAGCCAUGCUAUAAACCCAAACGGAAGACAGCCAUUUUGAGUGUUGUGUGAAUUUCUCAUGU